AUGUCACUCAAAUACCUCGCCCUCGCCCUCGCGACAAUCGCAUACGCAUCGCCCCUCGAAUCACCACUCAAAGCCGUCAACGAUGACCCUUGCGAACCAUGCAAACCCCAAGGCGCAACCGGCACCUCGCCGCCAUCCGACCUGAGCUCGCUCUACCUCGACGUCUUAACCUCCGUCAAGGACAUCAAGUUCCAGAAACGGACCCUUGAUGCGCGCGCCGACUCGGGCUUUUGCUGCCGCGCCAGCCUCGACUGCGUCAACGUCCAGAACAUCAACGUCGCCAUGUGCUACGACAAAUUCACCACAAACUACGCUUUCCCGGAUGGGUCGUACGGGUCGCUGAAGACGGGCGAGUUUAACUCCGGGGGCAAGGCGGUGAAUCUGCUGGCGGACAAUAAUGUGUAUUCUGCGAACCCGUCGGCGAAACCGAAUACAGCGACGCUCUCGAUUCCUCCGCAGUUCACUGGCACGGGAAUUGGUUCGGCGGUGCCGGCGGGCCAACUUGGUAGCAUUAUUGUGUUUACGACGACGAUUCCGGGGACGACGUAUUCGGCGCCGACUACGCUGCCCGGAACUGUGCUUGUGAAGACCGUAAGUGGUCAGGUGGUCAGCGAGAGUGUGGCUCCCAGCACGAUCACAGGAGCGAUGACGUUGGCGCCACAGACUACGGUUAUGACGAGCACAGCUGCGCAGGCGUCGAGUACGGGAGCGGCAGGCCGGGUUGGUGCAGAUGGCAUGGGGGUGCUCGGUGCGGUUGCAUACGCGCUCUACGCUUUGUAG